AUGCUCUUAAAUUUUUCCCAUUUUUUAUGUAUGAUUUUGUGUAUGUUUUUAUUGUACAGUGUUUGUGUCUGCUGUUAAACGAUAUCGUUUGAAAAUAUUCCACCUCGCUGGUCGUCUCGUAACUCUUGUUCCGGUCAAAAUUACACUGUCAAUCUACAAUACCAGAUGAUUUUUCCAUAGAUGUCACAUUAAGACUACUCACGAACUGUAAUUAUUUCACCCUGGACGUCCGUAAUCAUUAUGGCUAAAGAAUAUGAUCAUUUGUUUAAGCUGUUAAUCAUCGGAGACAGUGGUGUUGGCAAAAGUUCAUUGCUUGUUCGUUUUGCUGAUAACACAUUCUCUGGUAGCUAUAUAACAACUAUAGGCGUCGACUUCAAAAUCAGAACAGUCAUUGUUGACGGAGAAAAAGUUAAAUUACAGAUAUGGGACACUGCAGGUCAAGAAAGAUUUAGAACAAUUACUUCAACGUAUUAUAGAGGUACACAUGGUGUGAUAGUUGUAUACGAUGUUAGCAAUGGGGACUCAUUUGCAAAUGUCAAACGGUGGUUACACGAGAUUGACCAAAAUUGUGAAGUUGUCAAUAGGAUAUUAGUUGGAAACAAAAACGAUGCUCCAGAUCGAAAAGUAGUGUUAACAGAAGAUGCUCAAAGAUUUGCUGAUCAAAUGGGCAUUCAAUUAUAUGAAACUAGCGCCAAAGACAACAUAAAUGUUGAACAGAUGUUCAUGUCGAUUACUAAACAAGUAUUGCGGAACAAAAAGGAAACCAAGGAACGUCAGGCGCAUCAGAACAAUGAUGUUGUGACUUUAAGAAAAGGUCACUCAAAAGGAGCAAAAAGAAAAUGUUGUUAAUUUCAGUUGUUGAUGUAUUUCUACUGAUAAGAAAAAGAAAAAAAUAAUAAUUAAAUAUUCUAAACAGGGCCUUACAUGCAGUAAUGAGAUAUUAACUUUGUCCGUCUACCUACAUACAGAUCUUGGUAUAAUAUUAUAGUUCAAAUCAUUAUUAUAUAAGUUAAAACAAAUAAUGUUAACCUAAUAAUUUAUAUUCA